CCGUCUCCAAGACUGAUAGACACACAUCUGCCGCACCAGUUCUUCCCCAAAGAAGCUCUGCAGCACAACAAGAUCGUUCACGUGAGCCGCAAUCCCAAGGACGCAUACGUAUCCUACUAUAAUCUGGCUUACGGCAUGAAACUGUUCGAAUACGAUGGGAAGUGGGAUGGUUAUUUUGAAAUGAUAAUGGGCUAUCAAAAUAAAAAAAUUCUUGAUUACAGUGAUUGGUUUGGUAUAGUGUUACCGUGGUGGAAGUUGUCAGAGAACCAUCCAAAUAUCUUGAAUGUUUACUACGAGGAUAUUGUCGAGGAACCCGUGAGUCAAGUCCAGAGAAUCGCUGAGCACAUAGGUAACCCCAAAGAUGGCGCCACAUACCAAAAGAUCGCAGAGGCAACAACCUUCCACUCCAUGAAGACCAAGAAACGCGUUGAGGGAUUUGACUUGCAGUUCAACACUGACGAGGGCGACGUCUGGAAAGCGGGCACCCCGGGGAUGUACAGAAAGGGGCAGAUAGGGGACUGGAAGAAUUAUUUUACUGUAUCACAAAACGAACGCUUUAAUGCAGUUUAUCAGUGCGCAAUGAUGCACUCAGGUCUACAGAAUAUGGGGAACAGAUAUGAGUGGAACUGA